AUGCCUCCUGGAUCUGCGACCAGCUAUGGGCAAGUCAUUGAGUACAUUCAAGCCUCAUACACCCAUACUCCAGAUGCCAACACACCGUUUCCCUACCCCAAGCAGAGUCGAUCCCCGAGCAAGCGAUCAUCGCGAGCACAAGCAGGCCCCACAGCUACUGGCCCGAAAAACAAUCCUCCGGUUUACUUCUCAAUCGACAAAAAUCUCUUAUACAACGCCUUUCACGCCGACUUUGGCCCACUCCACAUUGGACAUUUGUACAGAUUCGCGGUGCAGCUGCAUGAAGUGCUCGGAGAUCCAGCGAACGAGGAUAGGGGUGUCGUUUUCUGGAGCAAUGCUGAUUCAAGGAGUCGCGCAAAUGCGGCCUGCAUCUUGGCAUGCUACAUGGUCCUGAUACAGUCAUGGCCACCACAUCUAGCCCUCGCGCCGAUUGCGCAAAUGGAUCCCCCAUGCAUGCCGUUCAGAGAUGCAGGGUACAGUCAGGCCGACUAUGUGAUCAACAUCCAGGAUGUUGUGUACGGAGUGUGGAAGGCCAAGGAGGAGGGCCUAUGUGGGCUGAAGGAGUUCAGCUUAGAGGAGUAUGAAAAGUACGAGCGCGUUGACAUGGGAGACUUCAACUGGUUGACACCGAGUUUCCUCGCUUUCGCAUCACCACAACACAAGCCUACCCACGUGAUACCACAAUCUUCUCCGAUGUAUGACACACUCCCCACGAAUAUCGCCGACGUACAAAAAUCGAAUCUGCCCACACCUUUCAAGAAUGUGCUAUCUCAUUUCUCUGCGCGCAAUAUCGGUCUGGUCGUGCGACUCAACUCUGAGUUGUACUCGCCCUCAUACUUCGAAGCGCUCAACAUCCAACAUCUCGACAUGAUAUUCGAUGAUGGUACUUGCCCUCCUCUCUCACUGGUGAAGAAGUGGAUCAAUCUGGCGCAUGAGGUGAUCACCGUCCGGAAACAAGGCAUCGCAGUUCAUUGCAAGGCGGGUCUCGGACGCACAGGGUGCUUGAUCGGCGCGUACCUGAUAUACAGGCACGGAUUCACGGCGAACGAGAUCAUUGCGUUCAUGCGCUUCAUGCGGCCGGGUAUGGUUGUUGGGCCGCAACAACAUUGGCUACACCUCAACCAAGGCACCUUCCGGGAGUGGUACUACGAGGACACGAUGAAGGCCAAGAUGGCUGAAAUGAUGCCAUCUACACCCACGAGGACUCUGCACAAGCAACGCCUCGCUAGCAACGGACAGACCUUCACACCUCCCAACGGUUCCCAGAAGCGGUCAGCUCUCGGCGAGAUCCACUCGAAUGACCAGAACAGCGGAAGCAGCUCCAUGAUCCAAGACGAGAACCUCCCUGCUCCCACACCUGGUCAACCACGGAAAACAAGCAAGCUAUACGGGGGAGUCAGCAGCAGGCAUCCUUCUCAUCGAGCUCACGAGAACGAGCCUUUCGUGAAGCCCGAUGCGGAGAUCACAACCAUACAACGGUACACCCAAGGCGAGUCUGAGAGCGAGGAGGAAUACCAAUUGCGCCUGAUGGCUCGGCGGACAGCAUCCCGAUCGCCCAUGUCCAAGGAGAAGCGCCGUGCCGUGAGCUGCACAACCACUACCACCUCAACCAUCACUACGACGGCAUGGGUCCCCGGCGGCGAGAGCGACAUCGAGAACCAAGGCGUCAACCGACCCAAGACGCCCGCGCGGGAAAAGAGCACAGGCCGCGGCGACCUCAGCGUCGGCAAGCGAUCCAGCCCGUCACGACGAAGCGGAGAGCACAAGACCGGUGUUCGCAAGGUCAGCGGGAGGGUUGGCAGCGUCGGCAACGCUACCCUCGCGCGCACGAAGUCAUGAGAGUCCGAUUCUUGAAUCAUUGCAUGCAUCUUCAAGCAAACGGCAUUGCUGGCGUACUCGGGGCGGCUCUGAGCUCUCUUGUCCUCCUCCCUCCUCUCGCUCGUCGGCGGGAAUGAUCAUACAUGGCGUAUUUCAUCUGGCAAAGCACUUGGGAUCUCAGCGUUGGGCGUAUGUGUGCUCCUCACUUCCCGCCUCCUCGCCAGUCUUGCUAGGUACCGGUGUUAUGGAAACGUUGGUGGCGGGCGUCUUAUUGUUGUGGUCGGGUCAUUGAACUUUCUUGUACCUUUUCUCUCCUUUUCCCUUUCCUUUUCCUUGACUGUGUUUUUGUUUCAUGGGGUUUAUUUCAUUUUCUGUCUCUUUCUGUCAAAGCGAACGGCGUAUACAAUGACGUGUAUGACAUUAAAUGAGAGCGCGAGACAGUGUAAUACUU